AUGAGCUUUCGAGAGGCUGUCCGUAUAGCAUCCGACAAUACCGCCGCUAUUCAAAGUCACUCCAGCUACUUCCAUUGGGAUGCCGAUGAAUACAUGAAGGCAAACAGAAUCAGUCGAAUCAGAGGGUCAGAUAGUAGAUACCGUCGCCACCUUGUGUUGCGCCCCGGCCUUCCAAAUCCAAAUCCAAUAUCACACAACCCCUACGUGCCGGCAGAUGCGCAGUACGCACAAGUUCUAGGCAAAUUGCUGGCACCGUUCGUGCGAGCAGACUCAGACGAUGUACCAGGCUCGGAGGAUAAUAAAGAAGAAGAUGGAAAAGAGGUCAAAGUCGGGCAUCAGAGCAAAGAUGAAGCAGACCAUACGAGUGGAAAUGAAGACCAUAUCAAAGACGAAAGAGAAGAUCAACAGGCGUUGAACGCGGAGAGUCAAGCUCAAGGAAUUGCAUCGAUACCCUCGAACGACCCCGGUGGUCCAGAGGACGGCAAUAUUGACAAGCGUAAGCAAGGAGACGGUGAAGAAGGCGGCCCUGAAAGCAUCAGAUCGAUAUCCAUGAAGAGAUGA